UAAACAUCGAUAGAAGCGAUUUAGUACUUUCCUUAACUCCCAUAUAUCUAAGUCAAUGAACUUACGGUUGACUUUAUAUUGCACAUAUUUAUCAACAUGGGAUAUAUCUUAAUUAAGGGAAAGUUUUAGUAGAUAAUAAUUCUUCUAUGUUUGUCCCAGAAUUAGUUUAUACCAGUUAGCAUAAUGAACUUAUGCGGCCUACCUUACGAACGAUUUGUUUAUUAAAGUUCAAGUUGAACUACAAAACAUAUGGGAUCAAUUUUAGAGAUGCCAUCUCAUAAAAAAUAGGAACUUUGCAGUCUUUAUAUCUUAUAAAUAUUGUUACAAAAAGUAGUAUUAAGUUUUAUUUGUAUUGCUAUAUGCAUCCCUGAUUAUGAACAAUAGCUGUAGGUAUAUGGAAUAGCAUUUGUCUUGUUGUAGACAUCUGGCGCCGCACUGUCUGCUUGUCUAGUUAAACAAUUGCUGAGUCUGGCGCCGCGACUGUCUGCUUGCGUCUGGCGCCGUAUAGCCGUAUGUUCUGGUAAUUUCCAGACGCGAUAUUCUAGAAGGACACGUCGGCAUCAGCGAGAAGUGCGUGGCUAUAGCCGUAUGUUCUGGUAAUUUCCAGACGCGAUAUUCUAGAAGGACACGUCGGCAUCAGCGAGAAGUGCGUGGCUAUAUAAGCCGUGGCAGCGCCAACGUAAUCAAUCAGUGCUAAGAGUAAACUGCUAUAGUGUAGACGAGUUGUGAAAUAAAGAGUUGUUGAAUUAAAUUAAACAGUGUUGAUUUUAUUUGUCAAUCCAGAGAUACGAACCUAACAAAGUAAACUAGCAAGAGUAAAUUCGUAACAAUUGGUGUCAGAAGUGGGAUUGUCAAAUAAUCCAAAUUCAAGAUGGUUAAAUUCGGAGAAUUGAGAAUUCAGCAAUUGAAAAAGGAACUGGAGGAGCGUAAAUUGCCGAUAAGCGGGCAAAAGGCGGAUCUGCAGGCACGAUUACGUGAAGCAAUGGAAGCGGAUGGAAUUAAUGUGGACGAGUUCGAAUUUGAUGGGCCAGAAACUUCUACAAAGGUAGAAGAAAAAGUAGAAGAACAACGAACAUCAUCGAGUGUGGACAUGAACAUGCUGUUAGUGGCUAUACAGAAAAUAGCUGAAAAUACAGAAAAUGCAGUGCAAACAGGAAAUCGUCUGGCACAGCAAAUAGCUGAAAAUGCAGAAAAGGCAGUGCAAACAGAAAAUCGUCUGGCACAGCAAAUGACGCAAAUAGCUGAAAAUACAUCACAGUUAGAGUCUCGCCUUACACAACAAAUAACUGAAAAUAAUACGCAGUUAGAAAAGCGUUUGGUACAACAGAUUACAGAAAGUAAUACACAAGUGCAAGAGAAAGUUUCAAAAUUGGAAGACGAAUUAAGCACGUUAAAAAAUGACGAAGAAAAUUUGAAAUCAGAAGUUCUUCAUUUGAGUAAUCGGAUGCGAGAACUGCAACUGCAUGGCCCUGCACCAUCAACAAAUAAUCCAAGAUUGAAGGCACCCACAUUCGAUGGAAGUAUUCCAUUUCAAAUUUUCAAACUUCAGUUUGAAAAGACAGCAAUGGCCAAUAACUGGAAUGCAGCGGACAAAGUAGCGUCCUUGUUUGUAUCAUUGAAAGGACCUGCGGCAGAAAUCCUUCAGACUAUUCCAGACUGUGAACGGGACAACUAUGAGGCAUUGAUGAGUGCGAUAGAAAGACGAUAUGGUAGUGAGCACCGGAAACAAAUAUACCAGAUCGAACUGCAAAAUAGGGGUCAGAAAAUGAACGAGUCAUUGCAAGAGUUCGCAACUGAAAUAGAACGACUGGCUCAUUUGGCAAAUGCAGAUGCACCUGUGGAUUACAUUGAAAGGGUAAAAAUUCAAUGUUUCAUAAAUGGAAUUCGUGAUGUGGACACCAAACGCGCCACAUAUGCAUUGCCAAAAAGAACGUUUACUGAAACGGUUUCGCACGCCCUCACACAGGAAACAGCUUCUCUACUAAGUAAACCAGCACACAAAGUACAAAGGGUUGAAAUGGAACAACCGGCGCUGAUGGAAAAAAUAUUGAAGACUCUGAAGGCAAUUGCUACACCGCGAGUAAAUACAACAGGAAGAUGUUUCAACUGUGGAAAAGCGGGUCACUUUGCCCGAAAUUGCAAUAUAAAAGUAAGCCCAUCAAAACGGAAACAACCAACAGAUAACGAGGACGAGGCAUCCACAUCUCACAAGUCGUUGAACUAAAACGGAACAGUUCAAAGGGGCGUGAGCUGGUUCCCACAACUAUUUGCCCCGCCAUCUCGAUAUCACAAAUAGGUCGCCAUGACAACAAUCUUACUAUCAACGGCAUCGUAAAUGGACGACUGUCAACGCUUACUUUGGAUACUGGUGCCACACAUUCAAUUAUCCGACCGGAUGUGGUAAGAGGAACGGUUGAACCAUUAGUCGGUUGCAAGCUUCGAACGGCCACCGGGGAGGAAGCAGCUGUCGCGGGAAAAGUGUUUUGCGAAGUGAUGAUUGGUACCCUGGAAGUUAAUCACACCUUCAUCGUAGCAGAAAUCACGGAUGAAAUUAUAAUGGGAGUAGAUUUCAUGAUUGAUCACGGGGUUACUUUGGAUUUAAACAAGCAAAUGCUGUUUUGCCAGAACAUGGAGAUGCCUAUAAACACCGGAUAUGUGACCAACGUUGAAAGUAAGAGGGUGAUUGUUGAUGAUAAUCAGAGUAUUCCACCAAAAUCUGAGGCGAUUGUAUGGGCUAAAGUGAAUGGAGGAGGUGGGACUGAAGAGUUGUGGAUUGUGGAACCAACAAAAAUAGAUAC